CCCUCCCUCUCUCUCACUCUGUCAGCAAUCCCCUCCUCUCUUUCUCCCUCUCCAUCUCCCUUGCGCUCUCUCUGUCUGUCUGGUGUGUUAGCAGUAUGGAGCCCAACAGUCCUAAGAAGAUCCAGUUUGCUGUGCCUCCCUUUCAGAGCCAGUUGGACCCUCAGGCAGCUGAACAUAUUCGUAGGAGAAGACCCACCCCUGCGACGCUGGUCAUCUACCAAGAGCCAUCUGGGGCAGAAGCAGAUGAGAAGCUGACAACAAGCAGCAGUAUGGAAGCUCUCCAGGGUGCAAAUUUGUCCCCAGCACAGAGGAAGCAGAGCGCCUUCAUUCCGCCAACUGUGAAAGAGCUAGAGAUGGUGAUGGACCAAAACCUUCAGAAACCGGAACAUCUGGAAGAGGGCCUCUGUGAAAACACUGACCAGCUCAGCCCAAUCACAGCCCAGCACUAUGGCAAUACUGUCCAACAGGCUAAUCGUAACGGGCCUGAUGAGCCAAAUGGCAAUGAGCUGUAUGCCAAUCAUCUACUGCUAACCAAUGGGGGCCUCCCAGUCGCAGACAGCAACUGUACUGGGGAGACUUCUACAAGUCAGCAGAGCAAUCUCUCCAGUCCCACGUCUAUCUCUCGAUAGCGUCACUCUGUUUUGUCUUUCUGUCUACCGCUUGAUCCUGGGUUGUGUUCAUUAGGGCAUAAAACGUCGCAAAACGUUUUUGCAAUGGAAAACGACAAGUUGACAUAGUACUUCCCCAUCUCUUUAAGCUUUAAAAGUUUUACUCUGUUUUGUGCCUACUGAACACAACCCUGGUCCUCUGUUUCCUCUUCUAAUUAUACAAUGGUUGUUAUCCCUGGAAGUUAUGUUUCCAUAAACUAUACAGCUCUAGCUCUCCUGGUGUAUGAAGUGUCUCAGAAGUGUAUGAUUUGAUUAUUUUCAUUGCUUAUCCAACUGGAUGUUACAUCAUUUAUGUAAUUAUUGAGGUCUAAGACAUCAUUCAAAUUGCAUUUUUGUUCAGAAAGCUUUCUGGUUUGUUUGUUAGUUUUUAGUCAAUUUAUACUGUAGUUGGUCUCUUGGUAUUAAUAUGUUGGUAUGUACUGUUCUUAAGAUGUAUCUUGCAAAAAUGAAUGGAACUUGUUCAAAUAAAAUGUGUUUUAUGAAAUGCCACAUAA